AAUGUGAGGAUGAAAGAUGUUGUAUACAUGUGGGAUACCAAUCGAUCUCAAAACAUUCGCACAGAAACUCAAACCUUUUAUUUUACAAAUUCUAGUGGUUAUCCAAUAGAAGUAAGUAAUUGCUCACAACCAAUUAAUAUAACAAUUAAAAAUAAACCUGAAACAAUGAAUGGGGAAAAUAUAUCUUUAUAUAUGCCUAACGAGGCAUACCAAGUUACCCUUUCAAUAUCAUCAGGAUGUAGGAUGCUUCUAAAGUUUAUUUUCAAAAAUGAUGAAAAUAAUUUAACAAAUCUUGUUGUUUACAUUCAGUAUGGAAAAGUUGCAACGAAACUUGAUUAUGACAUAAGGCUCAAUAUUUCUAUUAAAGAGGGUGUUAUUUUGAAAAAAAAUAACAAAGUAACCAACACAGGUGUUUUAGGUUUAAAAAACAAAAUAGAUGAAUACUCAACCAGAAUUGUACGACGAAAUCAAGAUGCAUUACUUCUUACCGAUGGUGCAAUAAUGUUAUGGAAUUUCAAAAGUUCUACAUACUCAUUCUUAAACAAAAGUGAACUACAUUUAAUGUUUUUAUAUUCUGGUCCAAUGCCAGCUAAAAGGAUAGUUCAGAAUACAUAUAAUUUUGAUGAGACAGAGUACUCUGGGAAGUUUGAUUAUGAAAUGAAAUCUUUUUGUAUUGAAUGUAAUUACUGGAAUAAAGAUACAAACAAAUGGAUGUCUGAUGGAUGUCAGCUUGAUGUUCAUCACACAAGUUUUUUAAUGACAAAAUGUAAAUGCAAUCAUUUGACAACUUUUGGCGGCUUUUUUGUUGCUCCCAACCCUCUACCAAAAUUUUCUAUAUCAAAAUUCAAAAAAGGAUAUGCAUUACUUUUAGCAGUUUUAACAGUAAUUUUCUUAUGGUUACUUGGACUGGUAAUUACUAGACGAAUGGACAGAAAAGAUAUUUUAAAAAUUGGUGUUUGUCCACUUGCUGAUAAUAAGGAUGAAGAUACUUACUUGUAUCAAAUAAUUGUAAAUACUGGUACUCGAAAUAAUGCUGGCACUAAAUCAAACAUUUUUUUUACUGUUGUUGGUGUAAUAAAUGACAGUGGAGUAAGACAUUUAAAAAAUCCCGAAAGAGAAUGUUUUCAAAGAUCAAGUUGUGAUGUAUUUAUUAUGACUACCCAGAAUACACUUGGUGAUUUAGAUUUUAUUAGAUUGUGGCAUGAUAAUAGUGGUGGAGGUUGGUACCUUAAAAAUGUUAUAAUUAUUGAUCUACAAACUGAAAAAAGGUUUAUUUUUACUGGUCAUUGCUGGAUUGCUGUGGAUCGUGGUAUGUGUAAGCUAGAUCGUGUGAUACCUGUAACAUCAUUUGAAGAGUCGUCCAGUUUCGUUUUUAACUUUAUAAGCAAAUCACAGCUAAAAUUACAUGAUGAACAUUUAUGGUUUUCAAUCUUUUUUCGUUCUCCUAAAAGUAAUUUUACCAGAAGUCAACGAUUAUCUGUUGCAGUAUCUUUAAUUCUGACUUCCAUGAUGGUAAGCACAAUGUUUUAUCAGCGUGUUUCUCCUGAAGAUCCAGCUGUAGAAAAUAAAGCUGAAAACUUUGUUUUGUCAAGGACGCAGAUUUAUGUGGUAUUAAUUUCUACUUGCAUCAAGUUUCCAGUAAAUUUUUUACUAGUGAAGUUAUUUCGCUCAAUAAGACAGUUUCCAGAAAAUGCUUUGCACAAUUGCUUAUCUUGUAAUAAAAACAAUAUUACUCAAAAAGAGUCACACUCUUGUAAACAUCUUCUUGAAAACAACAAUUCACAACCAAACAAAAUUAAAUUGAGCAUUUUGAUUGAAAGAUACAAAUUGUACAUUGCAUGGUUUAUAUGUGCUGGAAAUAUUCUUGCUUGUAGCUUUAUUAUUUUAAUGUAUGGAAUUGAAUUUGGAAAUAAAAAAUCAUUAAAUUGGUUAGCAUGCAUCACUAUUGAUUUUUUUAAAGGGAUACUUGUAUUGGAACCGUUAAAAAUUUUUGUUGUGGUAGUUGUUUUGAUUCUUGUUGUAAAGAAGUUUGACGAUGAAAAAGAAAAAAGUGAAGUUGAGAAGCAAGGUAAAAUAUUGGCGUUUGAUGAAAGUUGGCUCCACAAGCCUAAACCGGAAAUAAGCAUUGAUAGUAAUCGCAUUACAAUGCAACCUCUUGAUUAUUCUACAGUAAAAAAGAUGAGAGAGCAAAGUUUAAAGUACCAGAAGAUGCGCACUAUUGUUACAGAAAUUAUUUUGUACAUUUUUUAUUCAUGUUUGGUGUUCUUUAUUGGUUAUUGUUCUCAUGAUAAUCUCACUUGUUAUCAAACUCUCAAUGUGCAAGAACUUUUCAAUUUGAAAGUAAGGUUUCCAGCAAAUCCAAACAUUCCAAUAUUUCAUAGUAAAGUAUUUAACCAGAUUCAGUCCUCGCAAGAUUUUUGGUAUUGGAUGGAAGAGUUUUUUCUACCACAAGUUUUUCCUGAACCUUGGUAUAACGUAGGUGGUUUUUAUGCGAAUACAGAUAUGAAACUUUUUCCAGGAAAACAAUUUUUAAAUGAUCUUACCUCAAAAAUUGUGAACGGAAUACGAAUUAGACAAGUUCGUGUGAAGCCAAACUCUUGUACAAAAGCCAACUCAAUUGCUAAGUUCACUUCUCUAGACUGUUUGUCUCUUUAUAAAACUACAUUAGAGGAAACAAGAGGUUUUGAUUUGAAUUGGACUAAUCCUAAACAAUAUAACUCUACAAUCAAUACUCUGACAAUGCCUUGGAGGUAUCAAACUUGGCAAGAACUUGAUGGGUAUCCAUUUGCAGCUAGUUUAGACACUUACUAUGGUGGUGGUUAUGUCAUAGAAUUAUUUUCUAAAUGGAAAAAUCAAGUUAUACUUGCUCAAGCAAAAAAACAGAGAUGGAUUGACAGACAAACACGAGCUAUAAUAAUUGAGUUUGCUUUGUUUAAUGCUGCUACUAAUUAUUUCAACAUGGUUACAAUGGCUUUAGAGUUUCUAGCUUCUGGUGGAGUUGUUCCAACUUUUUCUGUUCAAACAUUUAAUUUGUAUGCAUCAAUGACUGGAUCAAAGACUAUGUUGUGUUCUCAUAUUUUGUUCAUCUUGAUAAUUAUAUUGUUUAUAAUUCGAGAAUCUCACUUUUUAUAUCGAGCUGGCUGUAAAUACUUUAAAGGGUUUUGGAAUUUAGUGGAAGUUGCAUUGAUAAUACUUUCUAUUAUUGCUGUGGGACUUUUCUUUUAUAAAGAUUAUUUAGCCAAAGGCUUAUUGCGACGAGUUCUAAAUAAAAAGCCGCAGGUGUUUAUCAACUUUCAGUUUGCAUCUUACUGUGAUAUGAUGUAUAUAUCGAUUGUCUCACUCAAUGUUUUUUUCGUGACUUUGAAGUUUAUUAAACUGUUGCAGUUCAGUCAUCAUGUUUCAAUGAUAUCUUAUACUUUGAAAGCUGCAUGGUAUCCUUUAUCAAUGUUUGGAAUUGUCUUCUUUAUUGUUUUAUGCUCAUUUGUUACAUUUUCUAAUAUCGCCUUCGGUGCAGUAUUGGGUGAAUACAAGACGUAUCUCGAAGCCAUAAUUACUACGGUUUCAUUAUUGUUGGGAAAAUUUAGAUUUAAUCAAUAUAGAAGUGUUAACGGUGUUCUAGGCCCAAUUUUUUUUUUUGGUUUUAAUGUUUUAGUAAAUUGGAUCAUAAUGAACAUAUUCAUAUCUAUUUUAAACGAUACUUUCAGCAUUGUUCGUGCAAAUCCUGAAUACAAAAAUUAUCAUUAUGAGAUGGUUGAUUUUAUAUUAAAUCGCGUUAGAGGUUGGUUUAAAUUUAGACAGAAAAAGCCAAAGACUAAGACAAGAACACAUUUAAAAAGAAAUGUUUACCCAAAAAGUAAAGUUAUACAGUUAGUGCAAUAUGAUAGAGAGCUUUCAACAAAAAAUGACGCCGAGUGUCCAACAGCGCACAAUCGGGAUCGUCCUCGAGUUACUUUAGAAAAUUUUUUUAACAUUCAGAAUAUUGGUUUUAUAGAAAAAGUGCAAAAUAAAGACUUAUAUGCUGGCGAAUCAACAAACACUUCAUUCGAAGAUUUAUUCUCAAAAUUCAAUUACUUAUUAAAUGAGAGUAAACUUGAUAUGGAAAUAAGUGAAACAAUCGAUCAAAUAUUCGAUGAAGAUUUAUUCACAAAGUUUAUCGAUCGGAUAAAGAAUGUUCAUUGUAAUAAGAUAAAAAAAGUCAAACGUAAAACAAUAAACCAAGUUAAAAUAACGGACAUAGAGGAGGAGAUAAUUUAAUAUUUAA